GUACAUCUGUAACGAUACAACAAGGUUGAUCACAGACUAAUAUUGGCUGAUGGAUCGCAUCAAGAAUGAAUAAUUCACAGACAUCCGUGGGGCGCCAUCAAUCGUAAUGCCGAGCCUGGAAGCAGCACGUGGACGCGAGUGUGCGUGCACGUCGAUACGAAGUAGACUUCGGUAGACGGUGCGGUCUUUCUCGUGUGGAUCGUAAUAAUAUGCGCCCACGCACGCGUGAGAGAGUGAGCGUGUAGUAUACUGGUUCCCCUCACGUUUCCUACCCUCCAUUUUACCAACAGUUCGGUCAGUACCGACCCCCGACCCAUCUACCCACGCCUUGUUAAUGAAAACAUCUUUUGUCAAUGAACUGACGUCAGUCCGCUAUCUGAUUGGUCGAGCACCGGGUACCACGUGAUCGUGGACCAAUCCUUGCCUGGAUAGAUCUCCCGUACGCUUGAAGAUCCGAGCGCCAUUUGCCCAUUCUGGACGGAAGAACGAUCGAGGUAAGGUGUGGCCUGCAGCAGGCUGGCUAGAAGGCCACGGAAGAGAGAGACGGUGACAGAGUAGAAGGAGCAAGAAAAGAAAGGGAAAGGAAGACGGAAGGUAAGACAGAAGAGGCUGCCGCGCGGAGGGAGAGAAGGGAAAAAAGAACAGGAAGUCGGUACGGCAACCGAGGGAAGACGCGUCGAGCAAUGUUGGAGGGAUUCGUGAGGUGAGGGCGACGGUCUCGAGUCGCGCAGCGCCGAGAUACGCGACCGAUCUCCCAAACUGACUCGUUCGAAUCGAGCGUUGUGCGCGCAGCAUCCCCUUUCUGGAUAGUGACGCGAGAAGAAUCGAAGCCGACUCGAUUCACUGAUCGAAUGUCGAGUGCGCGGUAACACGGCGAGGGAUACCCGCGUCUCUGUCCGUCACGAGGAUAAUGCCACCACUCACGUCAGUUCGCGCGAAACACGUUGAUCGUGGUUCCAGGUAAAUCUACGGUGGAUCAUGCAUUUCUCGAACGAGCAACAACAUUCCGUGGACGUGGCGUUAAUUGGGCUUGCCGUCUUUAUUUACAAAAGGAUCGAUAAUCGGGACGAGUUCGCGGCGAAGGAGGAGGAGGAGUAAAAACGGCAUUGAAGUGCCGCAGGAGGUGAUGGCAACACGUGAGAAUAACGCUCGGGAACGACAACGUGCGUUUAGAUGCCUCUGAAGAAUACGUACUACUAUACCACUCUAAGUGCCAUUUCAUCGUAUUCGAUUAAUAUUAAUAAUAGAUGUAUAUAUGAAUUAUUACUUGCACUUAAAUGCACGCACACUUGUCUCUCGUUGAUCGUAAACAACAUGUAACCAGUUCUGUUCUUGUGAACUACGAUGCGACACAAAUGUCACGCGUGCACUUCGACUAUCAUUGAUAACACGUUACUUGGAAGUGCCAUACGGAGAAAGAGAUUCUUUCGACGCUGCAAAAACUCAGGUUUCUGCUUCUCUGAACACGGUGGAGUCUAUGGAGAUUAAUACAUUGAUGAAUAGAAACAAGCGUGUUUAAAGUCAUAAGCCAAAGAAGCGUUGGAUUUAAGUAAAACGUACAACAUGCCAGGAGGAAAUGUUAUGGAAGAGGAGUUCGUGGACCCUGAGUGGCUUUUCAGAGAACUUAGAUCGCAGGAUGGUCCAAGCAAGCUUUUAAUCUUAGACUGUAGAGCGCAUUCUGAUUUCUCUGAAGCUCAUAUAAGAGGUUCAGUUCCUUUAGCCAUACCUAGUAUCAUGCUGAGAAGAUUGGCAGCAGGUAAAGUUGAUCUGUUGUCGACAAUAAGGUGCUUAGAUCUAAGAAACCGAGUCGAAGUGUUUUUGUGUGGUGAUGAGAACAGCAGAGGGACAUUUGUAUUGAUCGGUGACUCUACGGACCCUGCAGGACAUCAGGGUGAAACAAUUCAAGUUUUAAGUCGGAGACUUAGGAGUUGCGGUGGAUGUGUAGCUAUUUUAAUGAAUGGCUUUGAAGCAUUCAGAAAUAGAUAUCCUGAAUGGUGCGAAGGUAGUCAAACUACAGGAGAAGGUCCUCCUGGUCAGGAUUCUAAUGAAGGGGAAUUGAUGGGUCUCAGAUCUCUUCGGAUAUCUACUCCACCGACAAGGUCAUACUCUGACUCUGAUAGUGAUAGUACUUGUGAUUCCGUUGGACCUGAAGAAGAUAAAGACUUUCCAGUCGAAAUCUUACCCCAUUUGUAUCUUGGAAACGCGGCCAAUAGUGGAGAUAGAGAAGCUCUAGCGCGUCACAGGAUACAGUACAUUCUCAACGUAACUCCAGAUUUGCCAAAUGUAUUUGAAAGCGCGGGUUCCAUAAAAUACAUGCAAAUACCUAUAAGCGAUCAUUGGAGCCAGAACUUAGCUAGUUUCUUUCCACAAGCAAUUCAGUUCAUUGAGGAAGCUCGGAGCUCAGAUAAAGGAGUGCUGGUUCACUGUUUAGCUGGAGUAUCUCGGUCUGUUACGAUUACUGUAGCUUACCUUAUGCACAAGUGUAGUCUCAGUUUGAACGACGCUUUUAAUCUAGUACGUAGUCGAAAAUCGAACGUUGCUCCAAAUUUCCAUUUUAUGGAACAAUUACAUAGUUUUGAAAAGGAAUUGAGGGAUCGAGGUGAUAGGAAUAGAGGGAACGAUCAGAGAUGUAUAGGAGCUUGUCGACCUGGAGGACCUUGUAAUUGUCCAGCGCCCAGUUUCCUUAGUCCUAUCGAUCUAGGACUUAGUCCAGAUUCGGGAAUAGAAUUUGACAGGUGGGCGUCGAGUACGCCGGCUGAAUGAGACGGGCAAGGAGGGACCCAAUAUAAAUUUUAGGUCCCUCCUAGUGCGCUGCAUGCCAUUGUAGAAAAUGAAAAGCCAUAAUUGAAGGGUGCAGGAAACGAAGUUUACAUUCUGCUAGGAAAAUAUCCUAGGACAAUUGAAACGCAGUGUAAAAGUAGAUAAUUAGGUAUGUUUGUUGAGUACUAACUCCUGAAGAGAACUAACUCGUCAAGUUGUUAAAUGGCUGAGCCUUUCUAGUAUUUUUCUAUGUACAUUGUUUCUCUAGGCUUUGCAAGCCACAAUUCUAUUGCCGCAUAAAAGGAAGUUAAACGACUACUAAAUAAAUGAGGAUUUGUUUUUCCAAAACAUAAAAGAUAUUUUAUUUGAUAAAAUAUAUUCUUACCGUGUUUCUGGAAUUUUUCGUAUAUAGUCAAAUUAUUAUACUACGUAAGUCACUUUACAAAUUUAGAAAAAAUAAGUAGGACUAUCAAGGGUUCUAUAACAUUUUUCUAAGUUAUUACGAUAGCGUUAAAUAUUGAAAGUAUUUUAUAAUUAAAAUCUGUACUUUCUUACAAUGUAUCGCGAUUGUCAUUGUAUAUUGGUAUUAUCAGAUAUCAAUUUCAAACUUCUUUUAUCUGAAUCGUAGUAGUGUCUGAAAUACGUUGAAUUUAUUCAGCACUAUGUUAUCCUCGAACAUUUCUAGGAUACAAUUUUAUACGUACACUAUAUCCUGAAAGACAAAAUCUAUAUUUUUAAUACUUAUUCCCUGAACCCUUCAAUUAACGAGGCUGUGUUUGUUUUAUCGCAGACGAUGCUUAUUCGAAGCGAUACGUUCUCCGAUGAAAAUAAGUCGUCAACACCAGGCAAUCACGAGUAGUUGAAGUAACGGAUAACUGCUUAAAAACACACUAAGUUUAAGUUCAGAGGUACAAAAUUGAGAAAUCUUUCUCGUACUCAGCAGUAUAGAUUAUGAUAAAGUAUACACGAGGUAAUUCGAAACUCGAGCGUCGUAAUUUUUGACAUAGUUUUUCAAUACACAAAAGUGACUUAUAUUGAGAAGGGUAUUCUUGAUGCAUUCUGACUUUUAAGAUGCAAUGUUGUGUGCACAUUCUCUCGAAAUAAUCUCGGUUAAAUAAAUGAAGGAGUACAUCUUUAUGGAUCAGUGCAUUUCUAUAGGGCAUUCCGAAUCUCUUCUACUUCCAAAACGAUAAAACAGUCAGGAUUGUCGUAGAAAAAAAAUUUAAAAAUCUGAAGAUUCAUUCAGUCUCAUGCAACUUAGGUUCCCAUUAAUUAAAGGGAAGUGUAGGGAUCUGUGAAGGUAAAAGGUUGUGCAUUGAGCUCUUCUUAAAUUCUUACAAGGUUCUUCUGCACAAAAUACAAUCAAUGAGAGAUCACUGUUUCAAGAGUAGAAAGAGGAACCUUCUGUCACUUACAUUUGCUCUUACGAGUCCUGGGAGAACUCGGGAAGGGGAGAAAGAACUUAAUCUAGAACCUAUUACCGUCACGUGUAAAGAAUAUCUUCCUGUACCUAAGGGAAGUCUAAGUUCUUGAAAUAAAUUUUGUUCAACGACGAUCUUGAUUCUAUGUGCGUUAAUACAAGAGUAAGAAUUAAAUAAUAACUAUAUAUGAUGUAUGACAAUUUGAAUGCUAAAUUUUGAAUUGUAUGAUCAGCACUGUUUCUAUUGUCUUGCAGAUCUCAGAUAUAUAUUUAAAAUUAUUUUUGUAAAAAUGAAAAAUGAAAUCGCGUAUUCACAUUCCCAUAAGCCACAAUGACCUGAUACUGUAACUAUCUUUCGUGUACUAUAUGUAUUGUUCAUCGAGCAUAAUUGAAGUUAAUAUGAGUGUACACAGUGAAUGUUAUUUUUCAUGUAAUUAACUAAAAAAAAGUUGUGGUAAUCGACUCUUGACUGUUGCAAGAGUAAAUUGAUAUACAACUAAGGAAAUAUAUAUUUGACGUUAAUGUAAUAACAAUAUUCUACUAUUACACUGUUGUCUGUUGUAUGUUUAUCGAGCAUGAUGCUCGAAAGAUUUAAUCAAAUAUUAUGUAUAUUACAUAAAUUAUUAUUUUAUA